AUGGCCAAGCAGCCCCCCGAGGCGAAGGCGCCCCGCGACCGCCGGGCCGGGCGGCUGCCGCCGGGAGAGGGGCCGGGCCCGGCCGUCCCGCUGCGGCCCGGAGCCCCCGCCGCGCUGCCCGGCGCCGCCCGGCCCGCCUCGCCCGGCAGCCCCGGCCCGUUCGCCAUCCGCUCGCCGCUCUUCUUCUUCGUGCGGAGGUCCCCGCUGCUGCCGCGCUCCUCCAGCGGCUACUUCUCCUUCGAGGCCGAGCGCAGCCCCGCGCCCAUGAGCUGCGAUAAGGCCACGCAGACCCCCAGCCCGCCGUGCCAGGCCGUCAGCCACUACCUGAGCGCCAUGGCUUCCAGGUGGCGAUCUCACUCACUUGCAGAAGAAAUACAACCAGAAAUAUGGAUUGCACAGGAGCUGCGGCGCAUUGGGGAUGAAUUCAAUGCCUCCUAUUGUCCAAGAAGGGGUUUCUUGGAUAACCACGCUGGAAACCCCCAGGUGGUCAUUCUGCGCCUCCUGCAUUACAUCAUCCGCCUCAUCUGGAGGAUGCAGUGACACCGGCCGUGUGGGCUGCUGGGACUCGAUGGCUCCUUCCAAAAUCCAGUGGAGAAGAGCCAGUGCCAGAGCUUGGAGCUUCCGAGCUGCCCCCCCUGGCCUGGGCGUGCGGUGGCCGGAGGAGGGUGGAUUUCCCACGUGGACCUGCCGGGAUGCUCCAAAGCUAGAUUUUAUCUGAGAGUGGUGUUUACUGUGUUUCUCUCCAUUUUUAAUUAUUGUUUUUUAAAUUGUCUCAGAGAAAUGUCCUCAGUGACGAUGUUCGGUCAUCGUUUCUGGAAAUCUGUCGGCUCAUCUUGGAUGCGUCCCAAGACCCUCCAGAUCCAGCUGAUCUGCAGAGCUGCCUUAUUUGUGCUGCAGGUGUUGCAGGGAGCAUUGGACGCCCCCCGGCCGCUGCGCUGCCGCCUCCUCCUGCCUGCCAAAGAGGAUGAGGAUGGAAGAAGGGCGGAGAGAUUUUAAUCAGCACUUCUUUUAUGUGUAAAUACCUAAUGCUACCCCAAAUCCAACUUCGGUUGCGUCAUGCAAAUAUUCCUAUUUCCUGCUGACUGUUUUUGUUUUUUUUUCCUUCCCAACUUUUAUUUUAAGUUCUGAAUUUCAAGACUUAGCUGUCAGAUUCCCAGGGUCCAAAAUAUCACAACCAACCAACCAAACAAAAAAAAAAAACAAACAAUCCACCAGGUUGCCUUUUUAGAAAUUCUUUCUAUAAGACGUGUGAAAAUGCUUACGUAUUGUAUAAUAUUAUAAUAUAUAAUAUCGGUGACUGAGUAAUUCAGCAAUAAGAUGUCCUUGGAGGCAGGUUAAAACAGUUCCCAAACCAUUGCAGUUUUGCACCCAGUGACAGGUUCCUGCUGUGCGACUCCAGGAACUGUUCUAAAGGCAUGGUUAGCGUGUUGCUGUUAAACCCAAGAGGGUUUUUGGCACACUGGAUGUUUUCUGGGAUCCUCUGUUUGGACUGGACCAGGGCUAUGGGAGAAGUCUGCAGGUGAGGAGCGAGGGGAUGAAGACCCUGAAGGUUCCUGUGAUGGAAUCCAGCUGAAUGAGGGGCCGUGCAGUGCUGAAGGACGCAGACUUGCUUGUGCACGCUGUUCAGAUGGUAACGACUCAUCACAGAGCGUGGGGUCUGCACCCUGCUGGCCUUGGGCAGGUCUUCUCCUUGUGGCACAUCUCCUCCUUGCACCUGGGAAGACCUCAGCAGGUGUUUGAAGUCCCAGGACGAUGCCCUCCCGUCUGGAGACCCUGCCACGUGGCUCUAGAAGCUCACCACAUGGGUGUGUGGUGUCCCAGCCAACGGAGACCCUGCCAUCAUCUCUGGUUCAUCUCGCACGGGAGGCUUCUGCACAGCCGGUGCUUUUUGGGGCGCGUCGUUGCUUCGACCGCCUGCGUUUCUAUGCACAAACGUAACUCCUCUCACCUUCAGAACUGUCCCCUUUCCUCCAGCUGGUGCGGAUGGUCCUAAAAUCACCUUCCAAAUGCUGCAGUUAGUUGUGGUUUCACCAGCACCGUAGAAGAAGCAGCAGCAGCAGCAAACCCGGCCCUAUGGUAGUGGUUUUUCCUACCGCAUUGCAAUAUGCACGUCAGGAGAAACUGUCCUGCGUGCCGCUGUGUGGAGAUCAGUGUUCCUGUGUUAGAAGAGCUGUGUACAGUCUGACCUCUUUGCACCAGCUGGGAGGCGAUGACCCGUUGGCGUGGGGCUGCCUGCCCCUGAUUGCACUCGUUGGAAGGAGAAUGGAGCAAUUUUAGCUUUUCUGGUCCUGCGUCCCUUGGAGCACACCAAAGAAGGGUGGCCAGCACCCAGCACUUUGCCCUGUCCUCCUGGCUCUAUGCUGGGCAGAAAAAAAGGGGAAGAACGCAAGGGAUUGGCACCAUCUGGCUUGGGCUGCUCCACAUCCAGCUUUCCCAGCCAGAAUGCAGACAGAGGAAAACGUAGCUCCAAAAAAGAAAACCAGGCUUCAUCCCUGUAGGGUUGUGUGAAUUGUUUAAUUUUGGUGGUUUUAUUGUUUUUAAUGUCCGGAAAAAGAAGAAUGAUGGUUUUAAAUCAGCUUCAGCAGUGCUCACCGAUGGAUUUGGGGCGUUCUGAGCCCACAUCACCAGUGCUCUCUGUUCUGCCAAAACGAUUCCAUGAAGUUCAGUGGUUGCAGAGAACCCCCGUUGUGCUGGAUGGUCCCACGCCACGCGUUACGCCUCCCAGUUGGUCACUGUAAAUACCUGACUAUUUAUUAGAAUAGGACACCGUAUUAUUUUCAUCAUCUGAGCCAAAUAUCUGCGUGCAAUGUAUUCUCUUUCCAUUCUCUCAUGUAAGUUUUGUACAGCUUAUAAGUAAUCAAAAAAAAAAAAAAAAAAAAAAAUUUCCUUUUUUUUUUUUUUCCCUAAACUUUUUUAGAGUUAAACUUGGUAAAUACUGUAGAUCCUCCCCCUCCCUUUAUUUUUUUUUUCCCCCUGCCCUUGUGUAAUCAAUGCACUCUACUGUUCCAUCAUGCUGUAACUUGUAGAAACGAUGGCUAUUUAUUUCCUGCUUAUUUAAAUUCCUGUCGAGGUUCUGCCUGCCCCUCUCUCCUCCUGCCCCAGGUCUGUGGUGUGGAUGGGCCUCCCAUAUGAGUGAUGGACCUCCCAGCGCUGCCCGCUGGAUCCAGCGCAGCCAACGCAGCGCAGAGAUGAUUGCUUUGAAGUGCCUAAGUCCUGCACACCCAUAGGGAUUUAAGCACCUCCGAGAUGACAGCAUUAGUGAAAUUCAGGGGAAGUUUGGCUUCUCCACCACGAUUUUGGUCCUCUCCUCUUUAAAACCACAUUCUCUUCUGUCUCAGCCAAGAUCCAGGACCAGCUUUAGCAUCAGGUACAACCGGAGUGCACACUGAUGUCCCAAUUAAUCACUAACUCGUUUUCAUAGGACCCAGCAUAUGUAGCAUUUUUAUUGCAAUUUCCCUGGCUUACUUGUGUUUUGCACUGAUGAAUUUUGGACAGGGUAAUUGCCACUUUACUUGUGCAAUACUGCUGUAAAUAAUUGCAGAUCUUUUUUUUUUUUUUUUUUUUUUUUAAGAUGCAAUCUUUUAUGUUCUUAAUAUGAGUUUUAUAUGAAUAAAACCUUCAACUAUUUGA